AAUUUUAACCUGGAGUUAACCUUUUCGUAUCUCUGUGGCUUUCGCAGUGAUGCCUUUUAUGUACAUAUAUUUAUGCACUCCUGUCGUCUCACUGGAACACUAAUGACAUGGUGGAUAACUCUUUGAAAUAUUACACCACUUAUAGGCUUUACUUCUCUUUCUUAGAACUAUGACACAAAGUCAAGCGAGCCCCUACAUGAGCAGUUCAUACUUGUAUGGUGUUUCCAGUAAAGGACUUCAUGGAAUUUCAAUUCAUGAACGAGAAAGAGAAGCUGAGAAAGAAAGAAGAGCACAGCAGUUGCGAAAUGUUGAAUCGAACUCUCACCCUGCUCAUCUUUUCUCACAGCCUAUAAAGAUUCCACCAUCAAAGGAGGACACCUUACAACACUCGAUCCAGGCUGCUCUUGGGGACUUUGAAGUCUUGGCUCCAUCCCUCAAUCAAAAACAGCAGUACUCUCUUCUUGGUAUCAUUCCAAAAGUUCCUCAAACACCUGUUGAGAGUGGCAACAAAGUUUUUAGCUUUGACAACGCUAACAGCACAAGUAACAAGAAAGAACAUGGAAACGAGAACACAUCCUCAAAAAGUCAGAAAACCUUGUCAACUGUACACCACCAUAAAACUAAACCCAACUCACUAGAAGAAAAACCUAAAAGUGUUGAAUCGGAUUCGAAACCUUCAACAAAGUCUUCUGGAGCUAGCAAAAAAAUGGGAACCAUGGAAACAGAAAAUAAGGGAUCUCAUGCAGUAAAAGCAUUGUUUAUGGAUGAAGCAAAACCAAAAUCAUCUUCAAGUGUGAAAAAGGAAAUAAAACCAAUAUCAAAUGAAAUAAAUAAAUCUGAACAUCAAAAACGGCUUGAUGACAGAGGAGAUGCCAAAAUGCAUAAAUCCACAAAGAAAGAAUCAAAAGACUUUACAAGCAAACCAAAACCACCAAAACUUUCCAUCAAUGCUAGAACUUCGGCAGAAACCACAACAGAGGGUGCCAACCUGAGUGGAGAUACUAACCGCGUUGAGAAAAUCUUGGAGGAGAUGACCCAGCCUGUUGCUCCUCCAAUUACGGCCAUCCAUACUCCUCUCAAAAGCAAUGAAAAAUUUGCUUUCCCUCUAGCUGCUUCAUCAUUGUUACCGCAUGACAGCAAUAACUCCACUGGACACCAUAACGGCCACAAACAUGAGGAAGAAUUAACAAGUCUUUUAGAAGAUGACCUUGAAAUGUCAGAUGAUGAGGAUCAUGGAAGCAGUAGUGAAGACAGUGAUUCUGAUAGCAGUGAUAGUGACAGUGAUUCAAGUGAUAGUGAUAAUUCACCUCCUAACAGUCCUGUACGUUCAAAAUCAUCAGAGUUAAACAAGCCUUCCAAAGGUGGUCUUAAUCAUCCUGAGAAGUCUCACACCAAGAAAAUUCUUCCUACAACCACUGCUUCUGCAUCUACUACUACCUCUCUCACACUUAACAGCACGAUUGGUGGAGAUGGUCUCCGUGGAGACCAGGUCGCUCCAGCUGCUAAUUCAAGUCCAUUAAACAGCAACUCACUGAACACCAAGGCUGUAUCAGUACUUGAUAAGGAAAUAACUGAUAGUCUGUUUGAUGAUGACAUGCACUGCUUUGAUCCACUCCCAGAACUUCCAGAUCUUUCGAAGGAUCUGUUGGGCACAGUUUUUGGGAUCAAUGGCACUAAUACCAGUUGUUUGGAUGACAUACUGUCAAAUGGUCUCAAUAAUUCACAAUCCUUAGAACCUGAGAAAUCUGAUAAAUAUCUCAUAAGCCAUUUGCCUCAAGACAAAGACAAUCUACCAAAGGUAAAGGACAAUAAGCUCAAUGAUAAGGAAUUGAAUAAAACUUCUAACUCUUCCAAGAAACUUGAGAAAAAGAUCAAACAUGGAGGAGAUUCAGGAUCGAAAGCUGUCAAGGAAAAGCCGGAAAAAGAAAAACAAGAUAAAGCCGUGAAACAAAAUGUAAAAAGUAAAAAGAUUUCUGAUGCUGUGAAGUUAAAGUCCAAAGAUAAUAUUUCUAAUAGUAACAAAAGUCUAGUUAAUUCAAAUAAAAUUGACUCAAAAACCAUAAAAACUGACAAAUCAUUAGGAGAAAAGAAAUCUUCCAAGGUAAAGAAAAAUUCCUCCAAGCCAACUUUGAAUGGAUCCACUGAAACGCCAACCAAAUCAAGUGAUGGUGAGAAUGAAGAAAUCGAUGUAGUCACUGUUAGUAAUGAUAAACCAUUUACAAAUAGAACAGAAUCCUCAAUAAGUCAAAGCAAAACCUCAGAUAAUCCUAAGAAUAAUAAUUCAUCCAAAUCAUCAAAUCCUAAUAUUGUCAAGAACAAGACUUCCUUGGAAAAGACACUUAAUGGACGAAAAGAACCUAGCAAUGGAAAGAUGUCUCCUAAUAAUAUGUCACCCAAAAAUGGACUUAGUAUAGAUGAAAUUACUCUAGAUUGUAACUCUAAACCUGGUGAAUUAGUCGUAAAGAUACCACUGGCACUGCUCAGAAGGAUUCCUCAUCUGAAUGGAUCAGAUACUUUUGCCAUUAAAUUAGGAAAUACUGAAAUGUUAAACGAAGAACAUCAGAAUGGUUUAAGUCCAGCAAGAAAAGCUGUAAAACAUCAUUUGUCUGUUGAGUGUAGUGAAAGCAAAAAGAUUAAAGCUGAACCAGAGUUGAAUGGUGUAAUUAAGAAGUCCAAGUCUAAUGAUACUAAGAAUGCUUCUUCAAGGAAUGAAAGCGAAAGACAUGAAGGACGGCGAAACAGUACGAGCAGCACCAGUAGUUUAGACCGAGAACAGAGCAGAAGAAAGCGAAGCCCAAGCAGAGAUGGUGAUUGGAAUAACGGCAAGCGAAGAAGACAUGACAGUGAAGGGCAGAGGUCAGAGCGAGAGAAAUUAAGAGAAAGAAGUAAGGAUAGAGACUUUGAAAAAAGUUGCAAUAAAAUGAAUGGAUGGGAUGGAACGAAAAUCAAGUCACCUGUAGAGCACAGUGAAACAUGUUUAUGUGGUGGCCAAGAGAACGAUAACAUCCAGAAAGAUUCUUGGAUUUCUAAAUUGUAUGAACCUGAACCAAAAGUACUGCGUGGACCAGAUUAUUACCUUCAUGAAGCCAAGAGAGUAAAACACCAUGCUGAUGCUAUUAAAGAGAACAUUCCCAGAGCCCACAAGUAUUUUGAAGCAGUGCUGAGCUUUGUAUAUUGUGGCAAGGCACUGGAGCAAAAUAAUGAGUCUGAAUCACAAUCUGCAUAUCAGAUGUAUGUGGAAACAAUAGAAAUGUUAAAAUAUGCCAUGCGUCUUUCUGCAACUCGUUCUCAUACAGAAAAAAAUGGAGAUAAGAGAUUCUUUGGUUUAUGUUUGAGGUUACAAGCUCUUCUAUACAUGAGGCUCUUCAAGUUAAGGAAAGAUAGUAUGUUGAAGGCUUCCAAGAGUUUGUUGGAACAUUUUAAGGGACAAGUGAAGAUGAGCCAAGCACCUUCACCUUAUAAUGUCUCUAAUCCAAAAACUGGAACUCCAUCCCCAAUGUCUCCAACACCUUCUCCAUCUGGCAGCAUAGGAAGUGUAGGAUCUGUUGGCAGUGCAAGCAGCAACGAGGCAAUGACCACCCCGUCUAGGACCAACAAGGUGUCAUGCAUGACAUCUCCUGUCAAUGCUACCAUUCCACAGAAGGUUCAAACCAUGACGUAUCAGCAUUUGGGAUUCACAAAUCAUAUGCUGUAUGGCUAUGAUGCAUGGGAACAGUCACAACAGAUCUUUGUUGACCAUAAAGAAUUUUUCAUGGACCUUGAUAGAAAAUAUGGACCAGUUACCUUACACAGUCCCAUUGUUGAUGUGGUUGAAUACGUUCGUCAAGGCUACCAGCGAUUAAUGGAAACAUAACAGCUACGAUGAUGUGGAAAUUAAAUGAGAAUGACAAUAUUACCAAGGACAGAAAAUCGGACCCGCAGCUAAGUGUUAAUAAUUUAAAGAUUGUAUCAGCAUCUAGUUUUAAGGCUUUCAGAGAUACCAGAAUACAUUCAGUGUAAAAUAAUCAUUACAUAGAGUCUGUGAUAACACUGUCACUGUUACCAGCAGUCUAUAUAGACCUGAGUCUGUUGCCUACACUAUACAUUGAAGCUAGUGCAGGCUGACAAUGCCAAGAAAUUGUGCUCCAAAUUUCAAUAUAUUAAUAGGUAAAUAUAUUAGAUGUGUACAACAUUAUUAUAUUUUGUAGAAUACAAUAUUUUUUCAUACUCUGUUCUAAUAACUCUUCAUAAAGUUCUAUAUAUUUAGUGUGAAUGGACUUAUCCUAUCAUUCACGAGGUGUAAAAUAAAGGGGGUAUUGUAUUAAUUAUGCUUUGGAUGCACUUAUUGUGGCGUCAUGUCAGCAUCUUCUCUGAGACUGUUGCUCCAACACCUACAAAGCACCCUUGAAACAUUCUCUUGUUCGGUCAGUCAAGUAACACAGGUGAAAGCCUUUGUGCAUAUUUUUAACCAAUAUGGAACAAUUCAUUUAUCUAAAGACAUCUUAAAUGGUCAUGUAUAUGACGUUAAUAAAUGUUUUACUUACAGUAUUAAUGCUAUUUUCAUAAACAUGCAAAUUCGCUAGUUGCAAGCUGCAUGCUGAAAUUUGGUUUUUCGCUGCUGUCAAUCAGAACUAAUCAGUCGGUACUUUUCAUACUUUUCACUGGCAGGAGCAAAAAACCAAAUUUUAGAUAGCAGCUACAGAGUUCAAAUGUUUAUAAAAACUGGAUGACUCACAUUAACUUCAAAGCUGUAACGUGAUUGGCUGAGAUGCUCUAGUUGUUGAGGCACUAUUGGCAUAGUCUUAGUAACUGUUUUCGAUUAAUUGGCUUUAACUAUUUCCAAGUACUAUGGGGUGCUGAAAGUGAACCAAAACUUCAAAUCAAUUAGCAAAACUUAAUGCACAUUUUAUUUAUAUUUUAUUUAUAUUUUCCUGGAAAGACCCUUAAUAUGAUUCCCUAAAUGUUUUUGAUGCACAAAAGCUUUCUACUCUGGUAUCAAGCAAAAUUAAUUAUCUAGAUGAAGUGGAUGUUUCGAGGUGUUUAUUUUCUGGAGUAAAAAUCGGAGCAACAGAAGAGAAUCUUUCUUGUUUGAAUAGAAUGCCUGUGCUGUGCACUAAAAAUCAACAUUUGGUUGUUUUACAUCUUGAGAAUUUUCUUUGUGCCCUAAUGGCUAGUUAUUUAGAGCAUAAUCAUACUACUGCACCAUACUUAUUCAUGCUUAAUUCUUCUAACAAAAUGCUUUUGCUCAUUCAAAACUACCUUAACCAGUAAAUUCACUUAAAUUACAAUCCCAAAAGCCCUCUUUCUUAUUCAGUAAAUACUGCUUUGUCAUCCCUGACUUUAAACCUAUUUGUACAGAUAAGAGACUUGUAUAAGAGCCAAUCAUUAACAUCAUCUGUAAUCUAAAGAACUUUGUGCUGAGCUUGAUUAUUGCUCUCUGUGACAUUUAACUUUGACUGUCAUUAUUUUUUACAGAAUUUGCUCAUAGAAUGAAUUGAAAAAACUAUCUACCAUCAUUAGAUUUUGGCCCACAAUGACAAUGUACUAGUAUUAGCUCAAUGAAUUGUGCGUUGUGUCCAGAUAUUGUUCACGAAAACCAUUUAAUUAUACAGAUGUUUUAUUGGCAUCAAUUCUAAAAAGAUAAAAAUAGUAUUAUUUUGUACUUAAGAUUUGGCACCUUGAUCAUUUUACAGUCUUUGCAAAAUCAUCUAUUUCCUAUGCAAUGAUGUUUCCUUCUUUGCUCGAUUGGUAUCAUUUUACAACACAAUAAAUUAACACUCCUUAUUAGCCACAUCUCUGACAUUGAAUUUAGCUAUGUCUUAACUAUCUUGUCUUAACUUGGCUUAAGCCUAUUUCUUGCCUAAUACCAAUUCAGAAAACCUAUUUGUUAGAUCAUUAUGCAAGGAAAGAGAGAAUAAAUCAAGGUUCAAAAUUUUUGUUUCUAACAUUUUGGGGGAUUUCAUUCAAAAUUUAUUAUGGUUAUAUUCUAUUGACUGAAGAAAAAAUAAUACUUUGACAAAAACUUAGAAUCUUUGAAUUAAUUUUGGGGUAUUUAAAUUUAGUAAACCAAUUUGUUCUGUGAACAAUUUGGUUUAAGAAAACACUUUUCCAAUGGAAAAUUCAGUUGCACGUAUUUGAUAACUCCAAUAUCUGGACAAAUACACACAAUUGGUUGAAGCUCUUAACUUGUACAAGUCUAAGCUUGAAAUGCUCUUGUGAUAUUAUCUUGAAAGUCAUGUUGAGCUCUGCAAAAUUAAUUCUUUAAAAAGUAGGAAACUGUAUCUAUUUUGCUCACCAGUAUGUUUGGUUGCAAUACUUUGAGUUCUCUAAAGCAUAACAAUAUCUUCCUCAUAUCAGCAUUUUAAUUAUGUAUUGUCUCUUCCAUAUUACCUCUAUUUGCUGGAACACUGUACGUGAUAAACAAUAAGAGGUGUCUACAAUUCAUAAGGGGUUUUAAAUCAGUUUUAUUUUUAUUGCUAUACAGUCUAACUGUAGUAUUAUUGCAAUGACUUAAAACAUUAUUUUGAUAACAUUAAUGAAGACAUAUUUGUUCUGUAUUGUGCACACUGGUUUUGUGCAGAUGACACCAAAAACCAACAGUUGAAGCGAUAGGUCAACAAAAAAUUUACAAAAAAUAGUAUCCAAUGUGCAUCAAAGCUUGCAAAGCACUCUGGGAAACCAAGUACUGCAAAAAUGAAAUAGAAAUCAAAAGUACUAUCAAAACAACCCCCCCCCCACCCCGUCUGUUGAAAUACUUACUUUCCCAUGACCCCCCCCCCCGUAUGUUAGAAUACUUACUUUCCCAUGGAAAAAGUCAAACGAAAAUUCUCAGAUGAAUUUUAGAGGAGCCAAAAGAGUGUUAGUACUUGGUUUCCCAACAUGCUUUGUCCUAGAGACUUGUGCUUGUGCUUAUUGGGUAUUCUGCAAUAUUGGGGGCAAGGUUCUUGAAUGCACUACUUAUACAUUUAUCAAAUCUUAAAUUAUCCUACUUGCUGCAUCACAAAAAUCAUAUUACUCAUUAAAUAACCCAUUGAAUAAUCCCUUUCAUUCAAGAACCUUGUGCCUAAUAAUAUAUUGCAUUAGUUAUCUAUUGGAAUAACAAUUUAUUCUUUUAAACACUAAAUAUACCGAUUUUACUUUGUGCUGAAAAAAGGCUUUGUACCCUUGAUAGAUCAGUAUUUCAUCAUCAUCUGAACGAGUAGAUUUUAAUACAGGGUGUGAAAAGGGUUUAAUUUAAUGAAAUUAUAUAGCCAUUUAUUACCAUAAAGUAAUAAUUUGUUGAAGAUAUUUUUUCAUCUAUUUAAUAACGUUAUUCAGUUAUAAUUUUGGUUACUGAAUUAAUUUAUUUAGAAAUUUUCCAUUUUUCCUUUCUAUAAUCUUUCAUUUUUUUUUCAUUUAUAAGGUUUCCCAUUAAAUAUUUUUCCAUUUGCCUUUUUUAUUUCCUUCCUUUCACAUUCUAUUUUUCCUGAUAGAGUACUUAUUAAUAUUAUUGAAUUAUAAUUUAGUCAAAUUGUGACAGAUAAGAGGGUAAAACAUGGGUGAUGAUAUUAAUAUUAGAUGUUGAGAAUUGAGUGAAAAUUAAAAGUACAAUUAUAAAUGACCUAGUGCUUCAAAGUUGAAAGAGUUUUAACCUAAUGGAACAGUGACCAACAACUCUAUAAAAUGUAAUAAUUUGUCUUAUAGAUUAAUAAAAGCUUAAAUUGCAUUGAAAAGGA